AUGUCACAUCCACUCGUGGCAGCAGUGUGGGAACAGCUAGGGCGUCGCGACCUGGGGAAUAUUCUGCACGAAAUUAUCGGAGAACACGCUGCCGAUCUUGCGGUGCGCGGCAGUCAUGAUGGAGAUGCCCUCGAUAUCGAGCCACUGACCCGGUCGGUGUUAUGGAUUCAGACCCUGUUCGAUUUGCAGCGAACCUAUCUCCAGGGAUUGUCGAACGUGCGGGACUGCCAUCCCUAUUUCGUCCCCUACUUGAUCUCAUCGGAAACAAUCUUCUCAACUUUGAUGUACCUGACCAAGGUCAAGCUGGAGUUAUUUCCCUGUGCGCAACCCACACCCUCGGAGCUUGUGAGGGACCGGCAACUGAUUGUGUACACGUUGCUGGCUGGCAUCCGGUUGCUGAUCCAACGCGGCGAGACCAUCACGCCCGAUAUGAAGUUCAAGCUGGAGCGUGCGCUGAGAUCUGCGUGGGGCCAUUCUGACCUAUCCGCCCUAGAGGCCUUCUUGGUUAACGAUCUCCUACCAAAGGCAAUUGACAGCAUCGGCUCGUCAGACCUGUUCAGGGCCCAAGAGUUAUUACUCAAAGCCAGUAAAAUCCACCUCCCCGUCUUUACAUCGGGAAUUUACCCUUUCUUUGGUGCUCCCGAAACUCUGACAACGGAUCUUUUGACCGCGCUCAUAGGCCACAAAGAAGACCAGUUGACAUCGUUUUACCUGUUGUAUGAUCUGUUGUGGGCGGCCGAAUCCGCACUCAUCCAAUGCCAUAUCGAUCGCCGACGGAUUGCGCAGGAACAGGGCUACACGAGUGCUGCGGCGAUGGACGUGGAUGAGGCCUUCAAUCAAACCCAAGAAAGCCGCAAAAAAUUCGCAAGGACCGUCCUGGCGGCUUUCGAUGACGAAUUCAGUACCCCUUCGCUCCAAGUUCUGGCAACGGUGAUCUUGAGCCAGACCGGUGGAGAACAUGCUCCGUUACAGACUCGCAGGAUUAGAGACACAUGGAACCAGCUUGCACCGAUGAGAGAGUCCCUGGACUCAUCGCUUGGUCUUCUGAUGAGGUGGCUUAUCAACCGCAGGGUUCAAAUGUGGGACUGUAAUGGAGAGCUCGAAGCCUUUUCUCAUGAUUACCAGCAGCAUUUGACCCAGUGGUUGCAUAACUCGUCGUAUGCAGGAUCGAAUCACCAAGCCCAAGGGCGAAAGGGAAGUCCAAGUGCCGUGUAUGUCGUCAACUGCCCGGCAGUACACCUAGUCCCUGGAGCUCUGCUAGAGGAACAGCUGAGAAGCUCCGACAGGAAGGCUUACGGACAAUUACAAGAGAAACCCCGAUUUCUCACCGUGGAUGUCCUCUGUCCUCUAUGUCCUGGAAACGUCAAGAUACAACACGCUCAGAUGAUUGAGCCCCUCGCACAGAUGUCUGACGCGCUGCUUCAUACAGCUGCCUCAGAUAGUAGUGAACGAUACUCAUUUCCAGAUUCAGUAUCCCGGAAUACAACCUCGCGCUCAAGCUCCAUGAGUAACUCAACCGGCCCGUUAUCCCGCGCAGAUUCAGCCGAAGCCCUGAGAUCGCCCAUCUCCCCUACCUCGCAGAACCCAUCUUCUUUUAAACUCACGGGCAAGCUCUCUUCACCUAUUGCCCCUGAAGCGUCAAGUACGUUCUGGACCCGUCCUCGAACCGGUCCAUCGCCCGAAAAACAAUUAAUCAGGUCCUUGUCGCGGGACUUUAAGAACGUGACGCUUUCCCUUACCGGAAGUACUUCUCUAUUUAGAAGAACAUCCUCAAAGGGGCAAUACCUGCCUCGUCAGCCCAGAUUUUGUUUCUCGGCAUCCGGACAAUGUCUUCUACUCUGGGAUGCCGGUAGUAGUUGGGUGAUGCGCUUCGAGUUAAACCCAAUGGAUGGAAGGAAACCGAGAGGUCACCGAUAUGAUGUACCUGGCGUGCAGCACGCCGCGGCUGGUUACCAGCGAUGUGCGGUCGUUGCGUCUGUUGGAGAGCACUAUGAACUUCUUGUAUUUGGCAGCUACAGGAUUACCCCCGAAGCUUACCUGACGAUUGAGACCCAACACCGGUCUCUGCCUAUCACUUGUAUGGUCAUGUCCCGGGACGACAGAUAUGUGGCUUUCACUCUCAAAGAUCAAGUCAAGGUAUAUGAAAUUCACCACGAGAGCUUUCGAGAGAUACAGUUAGGUGAUAGGACCGAUCACUACUCUGCUCUGAAAGACCUGUCUUCCGCAGGGGCCCAUAUUACGAGCCUCUUGGACGUCAAGAAGAUUGGACAGGAAGAAGAACGAGCGGAAACAGUCAUUGAGAGAAAACUUCAAUUUUCCGUAGAUGGAAAACAUUUCAUUGUUGCAACCCACCUUGGUGAUCAGUAUGCUUAUGUGGAUGUGUGGGACUGUCUUGAGUACCGGUGGAAGCUUGCUGUUGAUGGGUCGAGAUCGUUUAAACUCCCACCAUGGACUACAGAUGACGGAGAUCUGACAUCUGUGUUCUACGAUGAUUUCAACAGGGGGGUGGUGCUGACGGCCUUUCUCGGCAGGGAAUAUCCUAUCUCGUUUUCCAUCUCCGAUGAAAAUAUUGCCAGCGAUCCCCUCAGUACGAGGAUUGUUCACGCAGCCCAAUCACCUCUAGGCCUACGAUUCGUGAUGGCCAAUGGUAUGAAGCAGAUGUAUUUGUGUGACUCCACCAACAAGGGACCCCUGACCCCGAUGAGACUGAAGAAAGCGUCCUCUAAAAUCAGCCAUUCAGUGUUUCGCCCGGGGCAACUGGCACUGUCUUUUCCCGACGAAAAUGAAGUCUUUGCGUUUUGGGUGAAAGAGGGCAAAUUGAUCCUCCGAACGAUUGCUUUAAACCCUACCGGCGAAACGUUUAGUGACUAUGAUCUGCGGUCUGAUUUUGAUCGGCUAGUGGUCGAACGACCGCCAUCAAGUGAUUUCCACCGACAGCGUCCACCACGACCGUCGUCUCUGUCUCGACAAGUGAUGGCAGAGAUGGACGGGAUCCAAGCUAUUCCCAGACCUAAUCUGCCGGAGCUUUCAGCAACGUAA